GAGCAUCAGUAUUUUGCAGAUUGUGGCGCAAGUAAGAGCUCGCGGGGAGAUACAGUUGAUUGCUGAUACAUUUUGUGUAAAAGAAAAGAAGAAUUUGAAAGCAACAAGAUGAGGGUCACAACACUCUUGAGUAUUGUGCUGUGCCUGGUUGUAGCUGUAUCUGCACGAUCACACCACAAAGCGUCGAAGAAGAAGGACUACGAGUACGACUACAGUGGUGACUAUGCAGGGAACAAUCAUGCAUCAUACUCAUCUGUUGCUGAAAGUCAUGGAGCUUCUGCCAAAUCAGGCUACAGUGCAGGCAGUGGAUUGCGAUCAAUCGCCCAGGGAUCGGCGGAUCAAGCUAAUUCAGCAGUGGCGAAUCAACAUGCAGCCGCCAAGCAAGCAGCCUUCGUUGCGAAGAAUACCCUGGCACAGCAGGCAGUUCAGGCGUCAGCUACGGCACAGGCUGCACUUGCAGGCAAGCAGGUUCUACUGCAGGGUUUGGAGCAACAGAGCAUAGAGGCACAUCAGGCACUUGAUAGUGAAAUCCAGCAGCUGCAGCAGGCUAAGAGAUCCGCAAAAGCAGCCCAGCAAUCAGCUCAGCAGGCUCUCAAUCAUGUUGCUGUCCUCACGGCUGCUCUCAACAAUGCCCAGUCGAGUUCGGAUCACGCACAACAGGCUGCUACAGAAGCUGCUGCAGAGCUUGCAUCCCAAACAGCAAUGGUUGGUACUGCAAAGGCACGCCUUGAGUCCAUUGAGGAGCAACUUCAUGCAGCCAGGAUUGAUUUUGAAGCUACACAGGCGGCUGCUGCAAAGGCUGCUGCUUCAGCACAAGAAGCCCAAAAUAAUGCUGCUGAGGCUGCUAUUCAUGCCCAAGUUCACACACAUGACAGCAUUGGGCAUGGUUCCGACACCAGUGAUCACCAAAUUGAAGAUGUUGCCACAAAUCACAACUACGGUGAAUUUCAGCCAUCAUCGCCAUCCCAUUCGCAGCAUUCGCAUCAAGACGCCACAUCGUAUCAGCAGCAACAACAGUACCUGGCUGGUUACUAGCAAAACCACCCCCACCCUCCCCAAAUUCGCCUCAUCUAGUAUUAUAUUUUAUUAUUUAUUUUGCAUAGAAGAGAAAGAAAAAAAGAAACCCCAAGAGUCUGUUGAACUCAAGCUAAACAGGUGCAAUACUCCAUCGUGAUGAAAGCUCUCCUUUAAAUAAUUUUUACCUUUAUUUCUUUACAACGGAAACCAAAAAAAAAUCAAUCACCCAGUUAGUUUCUACAUUUAUCUCCCACUUUUCAUCCUCUCAUACCGCAUCUUUUCUCUUUCCUCGCCAUUUCUCUCUCUCAAGGCAGCAUCCCAUGGCCAAGAUCUUCAUCUCACACGAGGUCUGCGCGGUAAAACUGGUAUUAAGUACUUUCGACUUAUUCAUCAUCAUUUAUUGUAAAUCACUUCACAUAAACACUUUUACUUUCGCAUGUUCGCAUUUAUUGAUUGUUGUAGGUAAAUAGAGAAUAUUGUGUAGUAAAUAUAUAGAACAAUUGAAUAGACUUAAUGAGUUUAGUGAUCAUAAGAUGCUUCUCUUUUUUUUUUAUUAAUAGAUUGUUACCAUCUGUGAAGAGUUGGAAAAAGAAAUGAUAUAAUAAAAUACAAAUUAAAAAAAAAA